AUGGCUGCCGAGGUGCAAGACGAGGAUGCGCAGACCGAGCUGUAUCUGCAAAAGUGUGCCCAGCUAGAAGCGCUCUACCAUGAGGUCCACCAGCUGGAGAACGCCGUCCCUGCUCGGCGGCGGAAGCGGCUGGCGGCGCUCGACUCGGCCGUGGCGGACCCGUCCGAGGCCAUGGUCCGGCUGCAGGGCCAGCUGCGUGAGACGCUGGAGCAGGUCGACCAGCUGCACGACAAGAAUGAGACGCUGUCGCAGCUGCUGGUGACCAAGAGCUCGGCGCUGGAGCAAGCGAACACCGAGCUCCUUCGCGCGCACGAGCGCAACGAGGAGCUGUCCAAGGAUGUGCGGAUGCUCGAGGAGAUGAACACCAAGAUGAAGGAGGCGCGCGGGAGCGCAGGCAGCGCAGCGGGCUCGGCGGCGGCGGCGUUCAAGGACGUUCCGGAUCAGUCGUACUUCCAACUGCUGGACCGGCUGGAGAACGAGAUCAAGGCCAAGGAUGCUGAGAUCAAAGAGCUGUGGAAGGACCGCAAGACCAUGGACCUGCAGCUCAAGCGGAAGGACGCGUUCAUCGACAAGCUUCAGGACGACCUCCGUGCCCAGGCUCAGUCGUACGAGGACGUGGCCCAGCUCGACGGCAAGGUCCGCGAGCUCUCGCACAAGAUUGACGAGCUCAACGAGGAGAACAAGCUCCUCAACAACCUUUGCCGUGUCAAGACCACCGCCAUCGAGAAGCUGCAGCUCGAGCUCGAGGCUCGUGCCCAGUCGGAAGAAUAUGUCCGCCAGCUCGAAACUGGCAUCCGCAACAAGGAGCGUGCCAUCCACACUCUGCAGGAGGACCUCGAGCGCAUGGACAACAUGCUCCGCAAGCGCGACGACGAACUCGACGCCGUCGCAGAGGAGAUGGCAUCGUCGCAGGGCGGCGUCAAGUUCCGCGAGUGGUACGAGGAGCGCCGCGGCCUCAAGGCCGAGCUCGAGCGCGUCAUGGAGACUGUUGCCGGUAAGGAGAAGAUCAUCCAGUCGCAGCACCAGCGCAUCAACCAACUCUCCGGCCGCCUCGACACACUCUCUCGCUCGCUCUCAGAUACCGCCCACAUCUCGCCGCGCCACGCUGGUAUGAUGGCGACACCACGCCGCCCCGGCGGCGGCGUCUUUGUCGACGAGGACGGCCAGGAGCUCAUUGCCGCAGAGCUGUACGACGCCCUUGCCCGCGACGUACACAUCAUGAAGGUCAAGCUCGCCGAGAAGGACAACCUCCUCGACGAGAAGGACGACGUCAUCGAGUGCUGGGAGCGCAAGAACGACAUCCUCUCCAAGACCUUUGCCCAGGAGGCAAAGUCGUUCAAACGCCAACGCGCAGAGCUCCAGGCAGAGCUCGAUGGUCUGCGCGACCUCGGCGACGAGCGCGAGUGCGCCAUUAAGGAGCGCGAGCAGCAGCUCAAGAUGGACAACAUCCGCCUCAAGAAGGAAAUCUCUCGCCUCCGCAAGACAAACCUCUCGCUCUCCCGUGGCGACAUCUCACCCCAGGAGGACCGCCUCUCGGUUGGCGCCGACCACGUCACUCGCCACACACAUGCCCCGCCCACACUAUCCCUCGCUCUCCUCCUCCUCGCCACACUAUCACUGCCGCUUGCUUCUCCUUCCCCCACCACUCUUGCCAUCCUCCCGCCAUCCACCUUUUCUUUCUUCUCCGGCCUCCAUACUCUCACUCUCGCUCACCCACGACUCGACACGCCCUGCCUCACCCUUGUCUACCGCGACUCGGCGACUCAACUCGCCUUUGCGCCACAAUGUGACGGUUACGCCCUCAUUCAAACCGUCGACAUUGCACUGCUUCUGGCGGAUGCCUACCGCGAGCGUUCGCUUGCCUACGAUCCGUACAUCUCCCUUGCCGCUGCCGACAACUUCCUUGUCAUCGCUGAUCACGUCCGCCUCCGCCUGGCGGUCUUUACGAUCGCUCGUCGCAGAUCUCAGCUUCAUCCACGGUCGCCUAUCAUCAUCACGCCUGGCCCCGUCAUCUCGCUCCCAUUAUCUCAUGUAGGCGGCAAUCGGCGCGAGGUCGGGCGCAGCAUGGCCCUGGCUGACGGUCUCCUCGUCGCCGUCAUCCACUCGGGGUCUACCUCCGACAUCGGCUCGGCGGUGGCGUGGAGCGUAUGCGAGGCCGCCACCGAAGCAAUGCCGUUGUGGACUCUCUCGCCCCCAGCUGAUGAUAUUGCCGACCUGGUGAGUUAUGGCGACGCUGUCGCUCUCGACCGACGUGCUACCCUCGUCGCCGUUUCCAUGCGGAGCCGCCUUCGAACCAGCAGCUUUGCCGGCGCGGCGGUACUUCGUCAUCGACCGGGCGUUGCUAUUUACUCGCUAGAUGACGACCGCACGCUGCCUCCCCACCACAUCCACACAGUAUUUGCCGAGGCCGCAGGCGACGCAAUCACCCGCGUCGGCAUCGACGACAACGGUCGCAUCGUGCUCAGUGUCGGCAUUCGCUGCAGCCGCCUUGCCCUCCUCCGACCGCAACCACUCUAUCCCGAGACGAUGACACUCCCGCGCGAUGAAUAUGCCUGGGCUGCGGUUGCGAUUGCGCCAGACGAGCUGCUCGCUGUCGAGUGCUUCACAGAGGCGCUGGCGUCUGCUCAGGCUCGCGCACUCGUACUCGCCCGCGACUCUCGCGAGCCCGACACCUGGCAGGCCCGCCGCGGCGUGCUACCGGCGCGCAUUUGGUUUGCAGCUCACGCAGCCCACGAUACCGAUUGGGUCGACGCGGAGAUGCGAGCGACAGCACUCGGCGUCGGCGCCACGAGUGCAGCUGCCGUGGUCGCCGGAGGAAGAAGACUAGCGCUCGCUAACUGGAUGCUUACCUUUGCCACCAACGCCGCGUUUGUACCAGCAGUGGCCGCUGCUCUGGCCCGUGGCUGGAAGACCGAGGCUCUCAUCGGCGUGGCGGUUGUUGUUGCUUCUUCCGGCUACCACUGGUCCGACGUGACUCUGGCACCAUCAGUCGCCGGCAUCCCGGCUGGAUCUUGGCACCGGCUCGACAAUCUCGCUGCGGUGCUGAUGGUCCAGGCGCUGUUUCUGCGGACUGGAGCUUGGGCUAUCCGCGGCCCGCCGCCGCUGCUUCGGCUCGGACUCGGCCUAGUUGCGCUUGCCAUUCAGGUGUAUGCUCCAUGGGAGCCGCGCGCGCUCGUGCUCCCGAUUGCUGGUGCGCUACUUGCCGCCCUUGCCCCAAAUGGCGGUGCAGCAGCGCCGAGAGACAUUGCCUGGCGCUCACCUACCCGUGCUGUCACGGCUCUGCUCACCGUACUUGCUCUCUUUUGGUUUGUCCUUGGCCUUACCAGGGACGAUCCGGACGCGCUGUGCCAGAUUGUGGCACAGGCUGCCGCACGAGGCAAUAACCAACAAGCCCGCGCUCCAGCAACGCCACUUUCGCCGAGUGGACAGCUUGUUGCCGCCGUCGGCAUCGGCACGCUUCGGGUCGUGAUGAUGGCUGCUGUGGCGGUCGGUACCGUCGGCACGACAGCAGUGGCAUGCCUGGGCUCGGGCGCUGGCUGUGUAGCGCGGCUGCCACUGGUCUCCGAUGCUGCAGUCAUGCCGUACGGUGCGGGCUGGUAUCCGGUCGGCGCCGCCAUCAGCGGCUUAGUUACCGCGACAACUGGCGAGAUCCUCGCCGCUGCGCUCAACAAUGGCGCGAUUCGAGCCACGGGCUGGCUCAGUGGACUAGCGAUGAUUGGCUCGGGCCUGGUGUCAGAAGUAACAGGUGAGGCGGCACAUGUUGCGCUCACCGGGCUCACAAUAUGUGGCCUCUCGGCAAGCACGCUGCUGCUCGCACGGCAGGCAUUGGCGCCGCCAGCAGGUCUCACACUCCAGCGAUGGCUCCCGACGGCGGGGCUCACAGGCGUGGCUUCGCUCACGACGCUGAUGUGGGCCCUGCACACACGCCGCCUCCGCCUGGAGCUCUUUGCAACGCAGCAGGUGGUAUACGCUGCCGUGGAGGCGGCGACGAUAGGUUUUCUCGUGUGGUACCAGGGAGCAUGGGGUUCGGCGUUGGCGGAGUGCGGGUAUGAGGUGGCUGUCGUGGCGCGGUGA